AGGGAUUUGACGUUGUGGAUCUUCCCAAGUUUAUAGAAAAUUAUGGUGGUCUAAUUAGACCAGUUAAGCAAUCAAACGAGGAGCAACGUGUCUUAGAAAUAUGUUCGAAGUCAGCUAUUGCCGCAUUCAACAAAAAGAACAAAACAAAGUACAGGUUGUGGAAGUGAUCAAGGCAAACUACAAGCUUGGUUCUGGUAUCUUUUAUUACAUUACCUUUGUGGCUGAGGACAAGGAUGUCGGUUCUACUAAGAAUUUUCAAGCUUUUGUGCGGUUUCGUUUCAAAAGGCCAACCAUCCAGUUUUGUAGGCUUGAAAAACCACCCAAUGAAGUGGUGGAGUACAAUUUCAAGUACGUGAGGAAGGAAGAGGACCCUAACAAGCCUAAGAAGCCUUCCCCUGCCCUUUUUUGGUUCUUUCAGGAGUUCACGAAGACAUACAAAGAGAAGCAUCCUAACGCCUCUGAUGAUGCUGUUGGUCAUGCUUGUGGAGGGGCGUGGACGUCCAUGAAUAAAGCUGCAAAAGCACCCUAUGUGCAAAUAGCUGAGAAAAAGAUGGCCGAAUACCACAAAAACCUCGAGGCUUACAAUAAGAGAUUGGCUGAGGGAUGGGUUGAGGAAGAAGAAUCUGACAAUCUGAGGUCCGAGGUGAAUGAUAAGGAUGAGGAUGAUGAGAGAGUGGAAGAAUAAGAAGAGCAGGCGAAGAGGAGUGGAGUAUGUGGUGAAGAUUGGGACAACUCUGCCGAAUUAUUUGAACGAGAUGGAUUGGAGGGGCUUUAUGGCACUGCCAUGCUGUAAAAAGUAAUUGACCUGUCUCGGAAAAAAGAUAGGUGAAUGAGUACUUCAGCUGGCUAACAGCUUCAAGAUUUGAAUCGUCCUUAGAAAAAUAAGAAGAAAACACCUGGGCAAGAUUUAAGCCAGCUAUAUAAGUAAAUAAACUUACUAGAAGAUUUAGUUGUAUCCCUUCACAAAGAAUAAAGAUCUCCACUUGAGCGGAAAUCUGAACAGCCAAUUAGCUGCAACUUGCCUCCAUGGAAGACGUUCUCUUGUUUCAAUAUAUUCUUCACCAGUGACAAAGGGAAUGUUCAAGAGAACCUUCUUCAAUCUAAUGGGAGGAAAUAGUUUGAAUUAGGCGAUGGUGGAUUAUUUAGGUGAGUGAUCUAGUCUUUCCGUGUUCUACCAUUCUGGCCUUGAGUUGCUUCUGAGCUCCCUGCUCUAUUGAUGUUCCUCAAUUCACUACGAGGUUCCACAUGAUCUAAAUCUUUUUAGGCUUUUCGGAUUUCUCUAUGUUUCAAUCGCUAAGUAGCCCCAGUGUCGGCUCUUUUCAUUUCUUAUGUUAUUAUUUCCCAUCGAACAGCCGAACGCUUGCAACUCAAAUCUUUUAAGUUGAGUUUGACUUCACGAAUAAAAUUUAAAUGGUUCUCUA